AUGGCAAACUCAUUGGCCCGACGGCCUUCUACGACUGGCUCUUCUCAUGACCGCGGCACUUCAUUCACCUCCAUCCCACCAUCGUCCAUAUCUCCGCAUCAGUCUGUUGGAAUUGGGUCUCGGAAGAAUCGAUCGCAGACUUCUCUCAGCCAUAAGUCCAUUGGAAGCUCUGGCGAAUCAUCACAGAGGCGAUCUGUCCACUCAUAUGGCAGCUUCCAGAACCAGAAGCGGAGGUACAAAUCUCAGUACCCCGCUGACUCCCCUGAGCCACAUGUCGAGUACAUUCUUGUGGCCUCUUUCGACGUAGAUAGGGGGCCUAUAAUGGAACACCAGUAUCCCAGCGCCAUCAGUGGCGAUGAGAGCAUGUUGGCAGAACUUAUGUUACCGGAUCAAACACAUGUACGCAGCCAGGACUGGACGAUUUUCUUUUUACAUAAGGAUAGUGGUGGGCCCGAAGACGACGCCGAGUUUGGCGAAGAUAAGGAUACAGAUGAUGAACAAGAUGGAGAUAAACAACAAGAUGAUGUAUCUCAAGAGUACGCUGGAGAAGAAGAUGCAGGGAGUGCCGGUAUAGAUGAUGAACCACCCCUGAUUAGCGGUGCGACGGUAAAAGCAAUGGCAAUAUGCACGAGGCACUCAUUUCUUCACAUAUAUAAACCAUUACUUCUACUUGCCUUGGAAGAUUAUUUCAAACACCCUUUCCCGGAGACGCUAGCCAAGCUAUAUGAUUCUCUCAAUGCAAUGGACCUUUCAUUAAUGCCUUGUCUCUCAUACCUUGAGCGACAUAUACUCCAAUCAACAGAAACAAAGGACCUCUUCGUGGAAAAGUUCGAGAGGAUGAUAAAGCAGCGGCUUGCAGACGAACGUGCCGAGCUUGAACGCCAGGGUAUUGACCCUCAAAAGGCCGGACCUCCAUCACGAUACACCGUACCCCGCGAUACCCAUGAGUUUGAAUCUAAGAUUGUUUAUAAUGAUAUUGCAAUCCCAGUCAAAGUUCCCACUGCUAUUUCUCCGGAAACGGUGGGUGACUUCUCUCUGGUUAAACUGAUACAAACAUUCGCUGGUCCCCAUGCGGCUUCCCCACAACCAUUCGCUUUACACCCUCAUCUCACUAGCAGUGGGCCUUUUACUCAUCCCAUAAUUGUUCUGGUGAACGCACUACUCACUCAGAAACGGGUUAUAUUCCUAGGGCAUAACCGGCCAUCUGGGGAGGUUGCGGAAGCUGUCCUUGCAACCUGUGCACUCGCUUCGGGGGGCACGCUACGAGGUUUCACUCGUCACGCAUUCCCAUACACAGACUUGACAAAGAUUGAUGAACUUAUCAAAGUGCCCGGCUUUGUAGCUGGUGUCACUAACCCGACAUUCGCUAACCACCAUGAGUGGUGGGACCUUCUUUGUGACCUUCCCAGUGGAAGAAUGAAGAUCAGCAACCGCGUUGAGGCAGCUCCAGUGACAGAAGGGAUGCAGUACUUUCAACCACAAAAUCAGAACUCCUCAUCAUCUAUACUCGGUAGCUCAUCUGCCCCUCCCGACCUUACCGGCGACGUACAGUUCAUGGAUGAUAUUCUCAAGAGUAUUGCUUCCAGGCACAGUGAGGGUGUCAUCCGAGCAAAAUGGCGCGCCUACAUCAAUAAAUUCACGAGAAUAUCUGCUGCCUUUGAAGAAAUCGUCUAUGGGGCGACAGCUCUUGACAUCGUGGCGCCAGAAGAACCACCUCCAGACUCGUCUCCUAUGCGUGAACGGCCCGGAGAAUCGAGCCUACGCGGACACGGAUACGUUUGGGUUGAUGAGGCCACUAAACAGCGUGAACUUGCUGCCUGGGUGCCGCGAAUUGAAGGCUGGAGAAAUACCCGGUCAUACUACUACUUUAUCCAAGAUACCGCAGUUAUGCAUCUUGCAGGAAAACCAUUGAAGGGACUUGACGUCCAACAUCAUCACGAUCGACUUCGCACACUGAAGCUCAGUGAGGCAGAGGCGAAAGCAGUAUACAUUGCAUUCUCGAAAUCUAUAAAAGAUUAUAAUUCCGUUUGCCAACUUCUUUCAGUUAUACCCGAAACCCAGGCGGGUCUCUUCUAUCUCUCCAUGGGACUCUUCCACAAUGACUCAACCGUGCGCGAUGCUACAGUGGAACUGCUUGAUCGAAUAUCAGCACACGAAGCUGGUCGGCAUUUCUGGGCUCAGCUCAGUAGGUUUGCGAGGCUAGCCUACUAUAGAAAUAAACGUGAUAAAGAAAGAGAGGCUACUAGCCCCCUUUCUCCCUUUGACGAACCUGCAUCGCAGAGCCUCGUCGGUGUGGCCGUUAGCCAUACUUCAACUGGAACCAAAAAGGGGGUUCGGCGGAGUUAA